CAGCCUAUUUGAGUAACUUUUCUUACGAAAUGGAGCAUAUUCAGGGUAAAAAUAAUGUAUUAGCCGACUAUUUAAGUAGAGCUCCAGUAAAAAUUAAAUUAACUAACAAAGAAAAUCCCGGAAAAAGUAUGUUUCUCAAUUUUACAGCCUCUCAAGACGAAUGGCCCAUAAACAACGAAGAUAUAUGCAAAAAUACUAGUGAGGACAAGAAGCUGAAACAGAUUGUGAGGUAUGUGCAGCAAGAAAAUUGGCCAAGCCGAAUUUCCGCAGAGAUUCGUCCAUACUACAUCCGCAGAGAAGAGUUAUACGUGGAAAAUGGUGUACUGAUGUGGGGAUAUAGAAUGGUAAUUCCUAAAGCCUUACAGUCAGAUUGGCUGGGCGAACUUCAUUUUUAUCAUUUGGCAUGGUUAAAACCAAGGCCAUAUAUUUAUUGGCCUAAUAUGGACCAAGACAUAGAAUCGACAUGCAAAAGAUGCAGCUAUUGCCAGCAGAAUAAGUCCUUACCGCCCAAAUCUGAUUUAACACCUUGGAGAAUCGAAAAAGCCCCAUGGCAGAGAAUCCACAGGGAUUAUUUAGGGCCGAUCCAAGGGAAAAUGUUGCUUUUGGUGGUGGACGCAUUUUCGAAGUGGAUUGAGCUGAUACCAGUAAAUUAUAUGUCGUCUUUGGAAACAGAAGAAAAGUUGAAAGAAGUUUUCGCUAGGUUUGGCUUGCCAAAGGUUAUUGUAUCGGAUAAUGCAACACAAUUUAAGGCCGCAAACAUACAACAGAUGUGAAAACGAAACGGCAUAAGGACCAUGUUGGCCCCUCCAGGAAAUCCGGAAUCAAAUGGCCAAGCGGAAAAUGGAGUAAAAACAGUUAAAACUAAUAUUAAAACUAGGCUUUUGGACCCCAGGAAUAAAGACAAGAAAAAUCUGGAAAGGGCUCAAAAACGACAGAUAAAGCAGCAUGGGGGCAGAAGAAGGAGUUUUCGGGAGAAAGAGAGAGUAUUUGUAACUGACUAUAGAAGUCAAAACCACAGGAGCUGGACCAAAGCAGUAAUCCACAAAAUCAUAGGUCGAACUACUUAUUUGUGUGAAAUAGAGUCAGGACAAAUAUGGAAAAGGCACGCAAAUCAGAUCAUAAGUAGAACACUGGAUAAAGAAACACCAAAAGAAUUAGGAAAAGACAGGCGAGGUUUGCAGAGUAGAGGGGUGGAGAACCAGGUAACAAUUAAAACCAGAUACUGUUACCACGGGCCGCAGAAGGACAGCCCUUCAGGCAAAAGACCAAUGAAUGAUAAUAUUGUAAGUUUACCUAGCUCUCUGAAUGUCUCUGGCUGUUCAGAGGAUAGCCAAAUGUCAUUAAUUUUGGGUUCUGAUAAAACGCCGGAAAACAGCCAUCCUUCUUUUGUCGAUGCUAAUAGUUCUUUUUCCACAGAUUCCCAAAUCGAGAGACCGGAGUCAGUUGUAGAUGAUAGUUUCAACGAAGUUGACAAUGUUGACACUGAAGCAGGCAUACCUAAUUCCAUCAAAAUUUGUAAAGAUACAAAAGACAGAGCAAACACGUCUACACCUGGCGACCUGGCACAGGGCCUGCGAAGGUCAGUAGUUAUGGAAGAAAUAUUAAGAAACCAACAUGGGGAAAAGACUACUCGUUUGAGAUUGACUAACGAAUUAAUUAGUCUAAACAAAAAAAAAGAGGAGAGUGAGAUAUCCCUGCAGCUGGGGAAGCCGAACAGGACCAGCAACACUGCUGGACCGACUGCUAGAAUCCUACGCCAACCCGCUAGGGUGCCAGUCGGCCGAGUCGGCCCUUACCAUGAACUGUGA